GAUCUUCUCUGGAUUUAAACAGCCAUGCUACUCCAUUGCCAAAAAUCAAGUGAAGCGAAUGCAUGUAUUUAUUCCCCUCCUGAAUUUGAAGUUGGUAGCUCCGUAUAGUGACUGAAGUUUCUAAAUGAUUUUAGCAGUGGAAGUUGUGAACUUCAGAAACCUAAAGAAAUCAUCAUGAAGCUAUAUGUAUUUUUGGUCAACACUGGAACUACCCUUACCUUUGAUACGGAACUUGCUGUACAAAAUGUGGCAGAUCUGAAACAUGCAAUUCAAACAAAGUAUAAGAUUGCCAUUCAGCACCAAGUACUGGUUGUCAAUGGAGGAGAGUGUAUGGCACCAGACAGAAAAGUGUGUAGUUACAGUGCUGGAACAGAUACCAACCCAAUAUUUUUAUUCAACAAAGAAAUGAUCUUGUGUGAACGUCCACCAGCUAUCCCCAAAACUACAUUUUCAGCAGAGAAUGAGAUGGAAUUGAAAGUAGAAGAAUCUCUCAUGAUGCCUGCGGUGUUUCAUACGGUUGCGUCACGGACACAACUUGCAGUGGAAAUGUAUGAGGUUGCCAAGAAACUUUGCUCCUUUUGUGAAGGUCUUGUACAUGAUGAACAUCUUCAGCAUCAAGGCUGGGCUGCCAUAAUGGCCAACUUGGAAGAUUGUACAUACUCUUACCAAAAACUACUUUUCAAGUUUGAAAAUGUAUAUUCAAGCUAUUUGCAGUCCAUAGAUGAUAUCAAGUUGAAACUUACACACUUGGGUUCUGCUGUUUCUAUAAUGGCCAAGAUACCACUGCUGGAGUGCCUAACAAGACAUAGUUACAGAGAGUGUUUAGGAAGAUUGGAUUCUUCAGCUGAGCAUGGAGGGGCAGAAAGUGAAGAAACAGAGGACGGGAAAUCUCCUGAAUUGGUGCUUGAUUCUGAUAUAUCUAAAGUGAACAAUAAAUCAAUGUUAGCCUCAUUUUGCAAGUCAGUUGAACAUUCAGCUUUGGAAGGCACAGAUCCUGAAAAUGUAAAAGAUGAUAAGGAAUCUGGUCAAAAUGCUACUGUCCAGGACAAUGAAACAUCAGUAGAAUUGAAAGAUGAUGAUCAGCCUUCUUUCAAUGUAUCUUUAUUAGACUGGAUAAAUGUUCAAGAUAGACCUAAUGAUGUUGAAUCACUGGUCAGAAAAUGUUUUGAUUCUAUGAGCAGGCUUGAUCCAAGGAUCAUCCAACCCUUUCUGGCAGAAUGUCGCCAAACUAUCGCCAAACUAGAUAAUCAGAACAUGAAGGCUAUUAAAGGCCUUGAGGAUAGGCUCUAUGCAUUAGAUCAGAUGAUAGCAAGCUGCAGCAGACUGGUGAAUGAACAAAAAGAACUUGCUCAG